GCCGAUUGGGAAACAUUGCUGCGUUGUGCCGGUUCGUUUUGAAAUCUGUCUCCCGGAUUUGGGGUGCCGCUGUGGAUUACAGUUGCAAUAUGACUCUGGAAGAGCUGGUGUCUUGCGCCAACACCGAGAAGAAGAUGAAAUCCGUCAGCGAAGCGGUGGAGGACCUCCUGGCGGCAGCCCAGAGGCAGGGCUGCCUGACCGUUGGGGUUUACGAGUCGGCCAAACUCAUGAAUGUCGACCCGGACAGCGUGGUGCUGUGCCUGCUGGCCAUCGACGAGGAAGAUGAGGACGAUAUCGCCCUCCAGAUCCACUUCACCCUCAUCCAGGCCUUCUGCUGCGACAACGACAUCAACAUCUUGCGCGUCUCCGGCAUGGAGCGCCUGGCGGCUGUCCUGGGUGAGGGCCCGCAGGACAACUCCGAGCCACGGGACCUGCAUUGCAUCCUUGUGACGAGCCCGCACACCGGUUCGUGGAAGAGCCAGGGUUUGUCCGAGGUGGCCAGCUAUUGCGAAGAGAGUCGUUGCAACAACCAAUGGGUGCCCUACGUUGCUCUCCAAGCACGCUGAACACCCCCUGGCCCGUCGCCUGGGGUUUUGUGCUGAAUUCUAUGUUUUAAAAGGCCAAAAAAAAAGAAUAUUGAAGGGGAUGAUGUUCUUUUU